AUGGCAGUGCCACCCUGGGACAUCACAUCUGUGUUCCAGGCAGGAAGAAGAGCUGGCUUCCCAGUUGCACAGGCUGCAGCCCCCAGGCCCCAGAGCUUGCCUGUAGCGCCCAGUCCCCGCAGCCAGGGAGGGGUCUUUUCCCCAUCCCCAUCCUCUGUCCUCGAGGCGCAAAUCCACCAGGCUGCCAGAGCAGAACGCGCCUCCCACCGGCCUUCUCCUCCAACCCCGUGCUCCCGGGUUUCAGAGCCCCCGGCUCCCGGGCACCUUGACACUGGCCCUGGACUCAGGACACCUCCACCCAAAGGCCCCAAGGAGGAGGCAGAGCAGGCGCGACAUCUUUGCCCUGCACCCCGCCAAAUGCAGAGCGCGAGCUGGGGAGAGGCCUGGCGCGACUCCCCAGGAGGAAAGCCGGCGCCCGGCGCGCGAUCCCGGGGCGCACUCCUCCCCCGUGCCCGCCCCUUACCCGGCUCCCCCUGCCCGGCUCUGAGCCCUGAGGGCUCCGCCAGCACUCUGGCUGCAGCCCUUGCAGCGGGGCCUCGGCGGCUAGGAUGCCCAGCGGUCCACAUCCGUCACAUAGUAGCAGCGACGGUCCUGGCAGACACCUCGAAGAACGGGGCGGAGCUGGGCCUCGGGGCUGCGGACCCCCGGCCCCCGGCAGAGGCGCCCGCAGCCCUGGACCGGGCCGGCGCGCUAACUCCAGAGGCGCGCGGCUCCCGGGAGGUGGAGAGCGCGCCGGCUCCGCCAGCGGGCAGCUUGUCCCUGCGCUGGCGAGCCGAGCUCCGGGCAGCGGCUGCAGGCACCAGGCGGCGAGGGAUGUUCGGCGGGUCCUGCUCCAGGCAGGGCUUCCGCUGGUCUCCCAACCACCCGCCGCCCACACUGUCGUCCCGCUCCGCUCCACGGCACCCCGGCGCUUCACCACUCCUGCCGACCGCAGGCGGCUUCGAGGAGCGCGGAUGCCGGGCUGGGUGCCAGCAAGCACGAGAAAGCCCCGCACGGCGUGUGCGAGCUCCGCAGGCUCCGGGGCCGGCCCCGCGUUGCACCGCGAUCCCAAGAGGCCGGCAGGGGACCGGAUACUUACCCGGAAGCAUUCAGGGAGCGACAGCAGCAGGAGGAGUGUGCGGGAGACUGCGGUCAUCCUCCCCACCGCGCCGCGCCCCGGGGCCCGCCCGGCUCCCCGCCGCCGCAGCCACCGCUCCCCCGCGCCAGCCGCGAGUCUCCAACCUGGCUGCGUCCGCCGCACUCGCCGCCCGGGUUCCCCAGGCCAAGUGGGGACUGCGCCGCGCAACCUCUGGCAGGCGGGCCCGCAGGCCUCGCAGCAUCCCGACCUUCGGUUCCGCGCGCUCUGAGAUGCAGGUGCAGCCGCGCGCCCGCUACGCCCCGCGCGCGGCCCCUGCGCGCCUCCGCCAGACACAGACCUUAAAGGGACCGCGCGCCACACCCCGCGCCCCCGCCCCGCGCAGCCCUCUCCGCUUCCCCGCCCCGCCAGAAUCAACUCCGGGCUAG